AUGGCAACAUCAAAACCAGAAGAUUCAGAAGUUGGUCAAAAAAUUAUGAAAUUACUUCAUCAAAAAAAUAAAAUUCAGCUGCUUCUCGAAGAAAACGAUCUCAUUAAACGAACUUCACAAUGGGAGACAAUUAAUCAUGAUGAAAUUAUGGAUUGCUUGCCGAUUAUGUCAGAAGAAGAUGUAGGAGACUUAACUUUCGGUACUAAGUUUAGUUUUGAAUUUUAUUCACGAAUGUAUCUUUCUGUAGGUGUCUUUCAAUUAAAGCGUGCCCGUUCGUACGCUGAAGAAAAGUGUUCUACUACGGAUCUAACUGGCAUAGUAGACUAUACCGUACAACGAUGUAAAAGUAUUUCAAACUUAAUACGUGUUCCAACUCAAUCUGCACACAGUAAUCGAAUAAUUUACCAUCCUACAAUACAAUUUACAAAUGAACAAAUUCUCGGAUGGUGGUGCGAUUGUUUUACUGGUGCUCGAUUUCUAGGCUGCUGCAGUCACAUUUCAUCAGCUAUAUGGUUCCUCGGUUGUGAACGGUGGCAGACGCAAAAGCAUCACAUGCCAUCCGGGAGCUACAUGAACUUGGCAACAGAUGCUAUACAAGUAUCAGAUUGUUAUGACUCUUCUGAUGGUGACGAUGAUGAUAAUUCUCGUUAUUCAUUAUCAUAA